CUCCAACAUCGAAAAAUGGCUUCUCACUCUUUGACUCUCUUCUCUUCUUCUUCUACAUUGCCCUUCUCCUCUCAUCAAAUUCACUCACCCAAUCUAUCUACCGUCCGUUUCCCCCCAAUCAAUACCAAACCCAAUCAUCACUCCCUCCGUUGUUCCGUCUCGAUCGAGAAAGAAGUCCCCGAAACGGAACGACCCUUCACAUUCCUCAGAGACUCUGACGACGAUUCCACUCACUCUUCUUCAGUCAGGGCUCGUUUCGAAGCCAUGAUUAGAGCUGCUCAAGACAGCGUCUGCGAGGCCAUCGAAGCCGUCGAAUCCGGUCCGAAGUUCAAAGAAGAUGUCUGGUCUCGACCCGGCGGAGGCGGAGGGAUCAGCCGCGUGUUGCAGGACGGGAAUGUGUUUGAGAAAGCUGGGGUUAAUGUCUCUGUUGUGUAUGGUGUUAUGCCUCCUGAAGCUUAUAGGGCUGCUAAAGGCUCUGCUUCUUCUGAUCAGAAACCUGGUCCUGUUCCCUUCUUCGCCGCCGGUGUCAGCUCGGUCUUGCAUCCCAAGAACCCUUUUGCUCCGACUCUGCAUUUCAACUAUCGAUACUUCGAGACUGAUACUCCAAAGGAUGUCCCUGGAGCUCCGAGGCAGUGGUGGUUUGGUGGUGGAACUGACUUCACGCCAGCUUACAUCUUUGAAGACGAUGUCAAGCAUUUCCACACGGUCUGA